CAGGAGCAGAGAGCCCGGGAGCACUCAGGCCACCUCUGCCCGCACGCCUGGAAGAUGAAGAUCUUCGCAGCUGCCUUCCUCUUCCUCAUCUUUGCUGCUGCCCUUGGACCCCCAGCCCAGGCAUCCCAAGAUGGUCAAUCCCUACCCCAGGAUCGUGAAUUCAGGUUGGGGAUACAAGUGGGGACUCGUGUCGUGACUCAGCGUAAAGGCGUGCAUCGUCCCAUUGACUGCUGCUUCCAACGUGCUGACAUAAUCCAAUGCAGAAACAUGAGAAGUUACUAUAGAACAGGCAGAGGUUGCCUCCGGCCUGCUGUCAUCUUCAAAAACAAGUGGGGGCAAAAGGUGUGUGCCAACCCCCAGAGUAAGGCAGUUAAGAAUUGUAUCAAAAAGCUGAACUGAAUCAAGAAACAGAGAAAAACAGUUGCUUGAGAAGAAGGAAUGCUGGAUGCCAUGCAGCCUCCUCCACUCUCUCACCUUCUGGGAGUUUCUUGGCCUGAAUUCUUUUGUCUAAAGCAACAAUUAUUGUUCUGUUUGUUGCACCAAUAAAAAGUAUCCAAUUUAACUGCA